AUGGUCAACCCCACCGUGUUCUUCGACAUUGCCAUCGACGGCGAGCCCUUGGGUUGCAUCUCUUUCGAGCUGUUUGCAAACAAGAUUCCAAAGACAGCAGAAAAUUUUCAUGCUCUGAGCACUGGAGAGAAAGGAUUUGGUUAUAAGGGCUCCUGCUUUCACAGAAUUAUUAUUCCAGGGUUUAUGUGUCAGGGUGAUGACUUCACACGCCAUAAUGGCACUGGCGGCAAGUCCAUCUACGAGGAGAAAUUUGAUGAUGAGAACUUCAUCCUAAAGCAUACAGGUCCUGGCAUCUUGUCUCUACAAAAAAUAAUUAGCCUGGCCUGGUGGUGCACCAUGAGGAAGCAUGGAAUGGGCCAGAUCCCUGGAUGCAAGCCAGGUCUGGAACCUGUAAGAAAAGAAAAUGUAGGCCCUGCAACUGGCUCUGAGGGAGCAGGAGAAGAUCAACCCCAUACUCUGAAUCUAAGAGAAGACUGGUGUCCACACUCUGAAUGGGAAGAAUGA